GGAGACACCCUAUGAUCACUCAGGGAACUCCGAUUUUCAUGAAGAAGUUGAGGGGUUUCUUACGGAAUCUCUCGUGAUAGAAGGUCUCUCUAAACUCGGACGGUCUGCUGAUGGUACUGGUCAGGUUUUCUUGAUGCUUUCCGUAGUGGGUCGUGGUUUACAUGACAUUUCACUCCUAACUGAGCACUACAUCCACUUGCAGUCUCUGGAACUACAAUAUAACAGCUUGACUGAUUUGUCUUCAUUGUCAACAUUGCGUUAUCUUCUUUAUUUGAAUGUUUCACAUAAUGAACUGACAUCACUAUUGGAUUUUGAUCCACCUUUGGGACUAAGGGAAGUUGAUGCAUCGUUUAACCAGAUCAAUGAAAUGUCUGACUUGUCGGCUCAUCAUUCACUCGCAAAACUUGUACUAAAUUGCAAUAGUAUUAGUGAAAUCAAGGGUCUGAGCAGUUGCCACAGGCUCAAUCAUCUCGAAAUAACUCACAAUCAAAUAGAAAGGAUAUCUGGUCUAGAUCAUUUACCCAUCAAGCACCUUGACUUGAGUUGCAAUAAGAUCAAGAAGACAGAAAACUUGGAAACGCUGGAGUUACUGACUCAUUUAGAUUUGUCUGGAAACAAACUUCGCACAUUGAAGGGUCUACAAGAUCAUCCAUUAAUGGGUUACAUAAACGUGGAAGACAAUGAUGUGAUUGAUUUGACCGAUAUGAAGUAUCUUAGAGAAAUGACUCUUUUGCGGAAGUUGAACAUGAAGAGGAAUCCUUUGCAGGACCUUCCAGACUAUCGUUUGUCUGUACUCUUCAAGCUUCCUCACUUGACAGAACUUGACACUGACAAAGUGUCAGCAGAGGAAAAGGUGACUGCCAUUAAUAUGUUUGCUGCUCCCUUGGAGCUAUUGGCUGCCACUGAUCACAUGACCAAUGUGAGGCAGAGAGUGUUGAAUCAACAUUUUGACCUUCUCUUGUGCACAAUGCCGGCUGUAGAUACGCCAUAUCCCAUGAUGGUGUUGUGUGGCCCACAGGGAGUUGGAAAGAUGCAAAUGGCUCUCCAGUUGGUGCGUGAUUUGCAAGCGUACUUUGGUUUGGGUGUGUCUCAUACGACACGUAAACCUCGAGUGGGAGAAGCAGAUAGUGGGAAUUACGUGUUUGUUUCUGAAGAGGAUUUUGAGAAGAUGAGAUCAAACGGCGAAUUUAUUGAAACAUGUUGCGUUGCUGGUCAUUCGUAUGGUCUGACAUUCAAUGCUGUGGAAUCUGUCGCUCAAGAAGGACUCGCUUGUAUUACAUGUAUGGAGUUGGAGGGAGUGAUGUCAUUGAAAAAAUCUUACUUUGAGCCUCGGUAUUUGCUGGUUGUUCCACAGUCAUUGCAAGUUCACGUGGCUCGUAUGCGUGAACGUGGCUACUACACGGAGGCUGAAAUCGAGCGAGUACAAUCUCGUGUCGAGAAGUGCAUCCAGAUUCAUCAAGAUAGACCAGGAUGCUUUGAACAGGCCAUCAAUUCAGAUGAUAUUGAUCAGGCUUAUGGAGAUCUAAAGCAUCUUGUUGUACAGCAAUAUUUGGCUUUGAGUAAUGACCCUACUCCAUUUUCAUCUGCUGGUCACUAUGGUUCUGCUACAAGUAAAGGGCUAGCGGGAACAAGUCAGGCAUUAGCUCAAGUGUUUUCACGUCCGUCAUCUUCAGCGACUGGAAGGACAAGAAGCGUAUUGGAGGAGCAAUUGUACAAACGGAGGUUGAGCCAAGCUCGAGCUGCUGUUGUUGGGCCAGCCCCUCCUCCCAGACACUCAGUUAGUGCUCCUGCUUCUAUUGCCUUAGACGUUGAUUUUGGAAAAGAGGGGAUCAGAGAUACUUCAAAUGUUAGCCUGUCUGCGUUGCAGAAUAAUCAGCCGACACCAUCCUCAUCAGAGAGUCGUUCUCGUUCGGGCUCAUCGUUGUCUGGGUUUUCUGGAGCGAGGGACUUCUCCUGUUCUCCGAUUUCACCGAGGUCUCAAUCUCCAUCUCUGCAGGAAAGAUGAUCGAGUAAUAUGACUUGACAAAUAGUGAAGUAUUGUUAUAGAAGUGAUUGAGAGAAUUAGCUAUAAUUCAUGAGUUUGAGUUCGAUAAAGCCAGUGCAGCACUUACUAACUUACUAAUUAGUAACGAGCACUGAAAGCUUUUUAUAAUAAUUUUGGCACAAUUACAUCUUAGUCUUUUCUCUGUGUAUUAAUUUAUUGUUUUAAUAAUUACUAGGGAAACACAGUUUCUAAACAGUAAUGCUGCAUGUACAUCAAUACAAAGUAUGUCAACGCCAGUUUUACUGUUACAGUUGUAGAGUGUAGUGACACAGUAGUAACAUGA